AUAAAAUAAAUCAACCAAAUUAAUGAGUCAAGACAAAAAAGUUCAACGAGAACCGAAUGUUAUUCUAAACCAAACCAUAAUCCGGUACAAAUUUCCGGUUCUGCAGCAGGACAAAUGGCAACAAAGGAAAGUAACGAUGAUAAGUUUGAUCGAAAGUUUCAGACUUCAAUAAGUUUUCAGUUUCGUGCAUAGAUUAGGAAUCUCGAAACCCUAAUUCUGUUUUCUACACGAAACCCAUCAAAAUCGAAUUUUGAUCGUUUCUAAUUUCUGCCAUUUGAUUCUCUUCAUCAGUCACAUUUAGGGGAAACGAGAAGCCCUAAUCUUUGAUUCUUUAAUCGCCAUGGCUAAUAGCUCUUUCAAGUUGGAACACCCACUAGAGAGGAGACAAAUUGAAUCUUCUCGCAUCAGGGAGAAGUAUCCAGACAGAAUUCCAGUGAUCGUAGAGAGAGCUGAAAGAAGUGAUGUUCCCAAUAUCGACAAGAAGAAGUACCUUGUUCCAGCUGAUCUAACUGUUGGGCAAUUUGUGUAUGUUGUCCGUAAAAGAAUCAAGCUGAGUGCCGAAAAGGCUAUCUUCGUCUUUGUGAAGAACACAUUGCCUCCAACUGGUAAACACACAACUUCUUAGCAUAAAAGCUGGUUUAUGUUAAUUUCGCUCUCAUGAAAUCCGCUGCUAACUUAGUACUGUAAUCUACGCAUACACUUCUCUGCAAAUUCGAAACAAUGAUAAAAGAUUUCUUUAUUGAUGUUUUUGCAGCUGCAAUGAUGUCUGCAAUCUAUGAUGAGAACAAAGACGAAGAUGGGUUUCUCUACAUGACUUACAGUGGAGAGAACACCUUUGGUUUGGUUUAAAUGUGUGCCUUCCAAUGCUUUUGUGCUGAUGUGUAUAUUAUAUGCUCUUUUAUAACACUAUGAAUAUGCAAAAGUUAUAUGUACUACUAUUAAUGUAAAUGUUGCUUUGAAUUUAAGUUGUUAGUUUGGGUUUUACUUUUGGACACACAACUUGUGUCAUCCAACUAUUAUUAAUUCUCUUUUACCAUUUUUUGAUCAUCUAUUAAUAUUUAGGCAAUAUAUUUGUGGUAAAAAAGACAUCUACUAAAUAAGUAGUGUAUCUUUGGUGUUAUUUAAAAUGAAUUAAGUUCUCUUAC